AUGAAAUGUUGUCAAGCAACAUUUGGCAUUGUCGCAGUAACUGGUGAUGAUGGUGAACACACUUUGUCAAAAAGACAAUUUCAAAUGAGUAUGGAAGAAGCUUUGAGAAGAAUAGCUGCACAAACUCCAGGCGGUCAACCUAUGCUGAGUGAAUCACAGUUAACAGAACUUAUAGGCGCCGACGGGAACACAAGAUAUCAAGGACCAGUACUACAAGAAUUCAGAAACAUUGCUCAAUCAAUCAGUAGAUUCCGUCCUGGGAAUUCUUCAAUUAGGAAUGAUCGAAAUGUGUGGUGGAUGCAGGUCAUCAAAGUAAUUGUGUUACUUUUCACUUGUAGUAAACUUUUGAAAUAUUUCUGUUAG